AUGGCGAAACGCAAGGCACCUGAAGAACUCUCCACUAAUUUGAAUACUAUCAAAGCUCGCAACCGCGUCUCCAACCUUACUGAAGAUGAGAAGGCUGUUCAUUUAGCACUCAAGGCUGACCAUGGCGAUCUGAGCUACUACUUAAAGAAGUUAUACAAGUCUGCAAAGUAUAUCGCUGCCUCUGCUGAAGACAAGACACGUCUACAGAAUGAAUUGAAGGUUGAGCGUAUUCGUGUUCGGACUGAAAAGGGCACCCAUGCAUCUUGCAUUGCGAAUCAGAAAGUCAAGAAUACUAGCGCCCCUUCUUCUUCUCCACAAGCCCCACCAUCUACUCCGCCACAACUUCUGUCUGAGCUUGCUGCAUUUGAGGGUAUCACCAGUAUCCCAAUCGAUGACGAUCAUAACAGCGAAUGGGAGGAUACUGAGGUUGAAGACGAUUUAGAGUUGGAGCUUAUGUUACGGCGCGACGAUAUUUUAAAUGACGAGGCUGUUCUACCAGAUGAGCUUUCUGAUGAAGAGAUCGCUAGCAUCCAGGCUCUCUUAACUCAAGCACGCAUUGAUGCCCAUGAAGAGUCCAAUUUCCGCAAGUGGCAACAUUUCUGGGAUAGCUGUAUCCGCUCAUAUACGAGAAAGGCUGGAAAGCUGAGAAAGAAGCCUGAGCAUCUCUUUGAAUAUAUGCCAUGGAUUGAUGUAGAAGAAGGCACUUUUUCACAACCUUGGAAGUUUGGAAAGUGGGCCCAAUUACCAGGACCUGCGCAGUGGUACCCAAAGUCUUACAAUCUUGUCGACAACGGAUGGUUACAAGUCUCCACUCAUAGUUCUAGCUUCAAAGAGGCGUUCUUACUUGUCUACUCUAAGAAAUUUGAUAAGGAAAAGUGGGCUAAGGUAUCAGCUGCACAGGAUAUGUUGUUUCUGGAGUUAGAGUAG